CGAAGAGGAGAGGAGAGGUGGGACUGCGCGCGCUUCGCUCAACUACUGUCAGUUGCUGCCUUGUCGUCUUCUGGAUAGGACGUGAUAGCUCAACCUCAUCGGGUCUAGCGUGCAAAACCCUUUUAAGCAAACCAGCCGAGUAUUUUUGAAAUGUCUUGCGGAAUGGUUCAGACUGAUAACUAUUUCUCUUCCAGCAGUUGGGUAUCAAGAAGUGAGAGCAGUGAAAGCCUAUCACGACUUGACCUGGUGAACCAACAGUACCCCAGCCACGUCGCUGAGCCAAUGAUGACCUUGGAAGACCUUCGCUCCCAGUUUAACUCCUGUUACACCUGUGGCGUUAGCUGGAGUGACAAUCAUGUCUCCCUCGACUGUCGGGAAUGUGGAGGCUACUCCUUGGAGCGCCCAUGCCCCCUGUGCGACGGCAAAUGCCACACCGCCUGGAGAAGGGACAUCUCAAUGUCCCACAGCGUCGGCAAGGCCCACUGGGAGGGCGAGUGUGGCCUCUCUAGCGACGAGCGACCAGGCGUCCCCGCCUUCUUAGCCGAGGACGUCCUAGUUCAAGGGCUCGAGGACUUGUCGACCUCCUCAUGAGCCCUCGGCCCCAAAGGUGCUUCCCGAAGGAAUGUGUGAAAGGGAUGUCACCGCCCUACAGCCAAACAGGUCAGGUAUAUAAUGUGCGCCCAUCCCACUGUUCUCAGAUCUUCACAACACCGGAAGCCGCCAAUAGAUAGGCCUAGGCGACGCGGUCGCCACGCAAGGUUUUUGACGCUUGGUUUGUCUUCGUCGGUGGGAGAGGAGAAGCCAAGACCUCCUAGAGACCACUCACUCUCUUUUCGCGUUAAGCCAGCUCCCCUGCCGCAGGACAGUCGGUGUUGGGGGUGGUGGUGGUGGUUGGUUGGUUGCUGGUGGCGCCUCUGCCGUGGGCAGUCCCCGGGAACGAGAGAGUGUCCGCCGGAGGCCGAGUGAGACUACUGCUACUACUUUUACUACUACUACUACUACUGCCACCGCCGCCGCUGCUGCUGCUGCUGCUGCUUCUGUGUUUUGGCCGGGAGAAGGUGGAGUGGGGCCAGGUUGGAGUCUCUUUUUAUUCUUAAACAGGUGCAGUGAUGCAAACCUAACCAAAAGUACUCUUCUUACCGAGUGACACUAGGAAGCACUAAAGUGGAAUUAAAUCCUUCGCUUACGAAGCAUUUAAUAAUCCCAAAAUUGUGAUAUUAUGUGAUAUUAGCCAGUACAAAGCAAAAAAAAGUACUAUUGAAUGGAAAUAUAUAGGACGAACUUCAUUUCUCAAAAAAGUCAACAAAAGGGGUCGGUCGAAUCAUCGUGAGUUUUGGGCGUGGCUUCGAUUAUUAUCCCUAGCUGGAAAAUGAUUACUAUAAUAUAUGAAGGCAAGUUUAGGAGGUCCUGUUACUCAGUACCGUUCAGUUACGAUGGCUGGUUUUCCACGCGUUAGUUUUCCUUUCCUACGAUGCUUGCUCAGUGCUAUAUUAUGUUUUCCAGUGGAUGUGUUUUUUUUUUUUUUUUUUUUUUUUUUAGGCAGUCGAGGUUGGGCCACCCGGGUGUUGUUUGUUGGUUGUAGCCGUUUUUCUAAACAACGGAAGAUAAGGCGACUGUAGAGGAGAGAUGAUUAAUUGGCUUUGUCAGGAUGCAACUUAAGAUCCUGCACCUGUUUAUAAAGGAUUUUCUCAUGUUUAUACGCAUCUAUCCUGACCUGAUGAUGAGAAACAGGGUUUUUUUUUUUUUUUUUUUUAUAAAUCUGUCCCAUUUGCUCGUUAUAGGCUGCGAUCUUUCGCUACUCGUCACUGUUCAGUUUGUAAAUGUCUAUUGUUAUUAAUACCAAAAAAAAUUAAGAUAGACUACGUGGAGCAAUAUCUUUUUUUUGCAAAUACAAGAUGAAGUCAGACUUUUUAAUUUUUGUUUCUUCAUUUCCAUUUGGAUGUCAGUUUUGGGAUACAGCAACUUUUUUAUAUAUAUCUAGAGUAGAAUGGCAUAUGUGAGCGUUGCGAAUCUUUUUGCGUUUACAGUAAACGUAGAAAAAUUGAUGACUUGGUAACUUGUUAUAGGUCUUAACACUCCCGUUCAGUUUUGCUUUGAAUCAGUGAUUCUUGGUAUUCAGUAUCUUGCUGAGAGCAUUGGGAAUAUCUGCUGGGAUCAGUAUAGUCCCAACUGUAUGUAUAAUGCAUUUGCUGUUUUUUUUUUUUUUUUUUUUUGAGGGGGGGGGGGAUUCUUUUUCAAUCAAAGAUAUAUUCAGCAACUCGCGACGAAAUUCUUCGCACUUUGUUGUAGCUCAUUGCACCAUUCGGGAAACUAAAUCAGAAUGCAUAAUGUACCAUGCUUUGGUUUUUCAUGAAACUGCGUGCAACGUCUCGUGUGUGUGAAUCGUGUAACAUAUUCAGUCAGAUUUUAUGCCCAGGUAGAGAAUACUCUCGAAAUGUAGAUGAUCAUUUUUUAGGAGUUUUACCUUUGUGUCAGAGUACGCAUGAAUGUAUAUUUGUAUGCAGAUGAUUCUACAUAAAUGACAUAUUUUCAGAACUUUUUUUUAAACUGUUAUAUGCUAUUGUUGUGAAGCUGGCAUUUAGGCUGUCAACGUUUUCCAUGAGAAACUAUAAUGCUUUUUGUCACGACUGUUCAAAAGUGAGAAAUGGCCUUUCCAACCGAAGAACACCUCGUUUUAGUGCUUUUCAUCCCAAACUUUUGGACGUCAUAUUGUUAACUUUUAACUUUCUCCUUAAACAAAAUCCCCGUAUGUAAUGGAGAGGCAAUUAUCUUAACUUAGCAUGCUUUCAAAAACAAGUACUAUAUAUCUCGGCUGAACGAAGGGUGGGGAGAGAACAUUGUCAACUGCUCGCUUUCCCAUGUGUCAAGACGAGAAGUUCUCGGUGGACGCAAGAAGUAAACAAACUCUCUCCUUCCCGCCUAAUUCCAGCCGCGCUUCACUCGUGAGUGACCGAAUGCAUUAACUGUCAUGCCUUUUUACGAAUCCUGCUGAAAUGUAUCCAAAUAAAAACAUGGUUACUUCUCGUUGUCCUCAGGCUGAGUAGUGUAGCUAGAUGAUGUCUCCUGAAGGGGAUUAUUGUAUCAGUCAGUUCGUAGCCUGAUUAAACACUUACUAUUCAGUCCAGUAUAUGCUCAAGUGUCCUAUCAGUAUUAUUGUGAAGAAUGAUUUUUUUUCAAGUUCCAUUGUAAUACUCUUGUUUUUUUAUUCUUUCAUGGUUAACUGUUGCUAGAUCUCCGAGAGCUAGUGAUUUUUAUGGUUGCAGAAAUCACACUUAUUUCAUGGAAUCAAAGAGAAUGUUAAUUACGAUAGAACGUGAUGUAUACUACACUUUAGAUAUCAAACAUUUGAUCAUCAUUCACAGUCGCAUUUUCAUUUAUCGACUUUAUCAGUUUUUUUUUAAGUGUUUCCAUCGUUUCCCCCUGGGCUGUACGGUUACUCUUGCGUCUGCUAAGUGAUUUUGGUAUUUCGAAGACUUAAACUUCUGUUGAUAGUAUACUACUGUCAUGUGUUUCUAGGUAGACUUCACCACCGCGGUCACUCGUACACGCGAUCUAUAGUUUUCUUUUCUAAUUGGUGGACUUCCGUUGUGUUCCCAAUAUACUUUGCUGAACUUGAGCGCCUGUCGGGAGAUGUUGCACAAUCGAAUCAUUUGGAUUUCAAGUACUUCUUCUUCUUCUUCCUCUUCUGUCUUCUUCCUUUUCUCUGUUAGGGAUGACAUUUCUGUAUACGAUGCGUCUAAGGACGAUUCGUUGGAGAAUAUGCACUGACUUCUCCUUCCUAACCAUUUGUUCACUGCAUCAUCGUCCUCAUGUUUUUUUUUUAUAUUGUGUGCAUUGAUAUUUUUCCUUUUAUCACUUGUAUUAUUAGAAAUAACACACUUACAGAUUUAUAGCACAUCUUCUCUCUCUCUCUCUCUUUUUGGCUGUAGAAGAGAAUCAGUGCAUAUUUGACUACAAUUUGGCUGUUAGUGAUAAACUUGUUUCAAAUUUAGUUUCUGGUACUGUCAGCUGUGACAGAAAAUUGAUGUAAUCAGUCAUUUCGGAAAAUUGUCUGAAUUUCGUAUUUGACGUCCUUCAUCUCCAAGAAAGAAAGAUGUCUUGACACAAAAGAAAACAACUGUCAUUAGACUUAUUGUUGCAUAGUAAUGUUGUUUCCCACCAAAAUAUUUUGCAUUAUCUCAUUUCAAGAUUGUCUUGCCCAUUUCAUGUAACAUAGUGUAUAUUUAUUUUGUUUAAAUAUUGUCUUGGUCAUUUAUUAUACGGUUAAUACAGGCUGUGUUAAGAAGAAAAUUUUUGUAAUAAAAUGGAAAGAUAA